AGCCGCACAUCACGAAUUUUGUCGUCACUGGAUUCGACUUUCAAGAACAAUAAACCCCGCCAAACCCAACAGAAGUAGAAAAAUCCCCUUUCAGCUUCUUCUCUCAUUUCAAGAUCUUUCUCUUGCUCUGCAACAAUGGCCGAUCUUUCCAAGAAAAUACCUUACCUGAAUUUCCGCCUGAUCACUCUCUUGAUUCUUCUAUCGAUAUCCUCUGCCGAUCUUUUUGAUCAAGAGCUGGACGUGGCCAUCUCGGCCCUCCGUUCCCACGGCUACACACUCUUCCCCAAUGCCAUCGUCACAUCUGAUCUCCGCCCCCGCCUUCUCUCCACCGAGAACGCCUCCUUCACCCUGUUCUCUCCCCCGGACUACCUCCUCUUCCCGCUCGACCUAUACUCCACUGCCCCUCACUACAUUAUCUCCCUCGCCCGCCACGUGUCCCCCAUUCGCCUCUCCGCCUCAGACCUUCGCCGACUUCCUCUGUCGCGCCUCCCGACUCUGCUACCCCACCGAUAUCUCUCAAUCGAGAGGAAUUCUACUCUUUCAGAUGGCGCAGUCUUGGACUCGAUCACUCUGGAUGGAGUUCGGAUCUCGCGUCCGGAUCUUUUUCUAGGGUCAAGAAUUGCGGUGCAUGGGCUGGAUGGGAUUCUUGAUUCUUCCGCAGGGUUGGAUGCGGAGGACUACGAUUAUUGGGGCGCUUUGUGGUUUUCGGCACCACCGACUUCAUAUGACUCUCUUUCUCCGGCGCGUUUGCCCCCGGAAGAAAGUCUAUCGCCGGACAUGGUGGACACUGAUCCGAGAGUCAAAGAGGAUGGAAAUCACUUUCCAUUUCACCGCAAUCAGGGAGGAAAUGCGAAUGGUCCUGCUGGUGGUCCUGUGGGUGCUGCAAAUGGUAGAUUCUGGAACUACAAUCUUGACGAUGCUUUUUAAGAUUUACUAUUGAAAGAUUUGUUCUACAUACAGCCUAGAUUUUCUUAGUUAAUGACUCUUUAACAGAUAGGGAAUUGUGUGAAAAUUGUUGUAGACUGCAAUAGGAGGUUGUUUGGAUCCAGAGAAAGCUUGUAGAGAAAUAUAGGAAUAAUCUCCACUUUCUCAGCAACCAAACAGCACGUCUGUCCUGUCCAGAAUUUCUUUUUCUUUGGGAUUAUUAGGCGAUUUUACUGUGAAACUUCUUCAAUUGUGAUGAAUUCUAUUACAUGAUGUGAAUUUCAAUUACAAUCUUUAAUUCCAUAUUUCGUGAUUCAUUGCGUCCUUAAAACAUGAUUUUAUUUGGCG